CCUCCCCCUCUCGCUGCGCAGCCGGUGGUCUCUCCCGGCCUGCUCGCGCCGCCCGUUGCCCUUGGUGCGGCCGCUGCGCGGGGCCCGUCGGCAGCGAGGAGCGGAGUCAUGGUGAAUUUCGCCCAAGCUGUGCGUGAUCACUGGGUUCACAUCCUUGUUCCCUUAGGAUUUGUGAUUGGAUGCUAUUUGGACAGAAGGAAUGAUGAAAAACUGUCUGCCUUCAGAAACAAGAGCUUACUAUAUAGAAGAGAGUUGAAGCCUGGUGAAGAAGUUACAUGGAAAUAAAGGCUGCUGAUGAAAUGGAAAAUAUUUUCGUUUGAUUCCUCGUCGUAUCUCACACGUUGAAAGACUAGGAUUAUGGUUUUUAUCUUGAGAGAAUAUGUAAAGCAACAGAAAAGGACACCUGCAAUUCAUCAGUGCUAGUUUAAUUUCCAGUCUUACUUUUGUCCCCAGAAGUCACACUCUGGAGCAGGGAGGGGGAAUUAUGUAAUAAAGAAAAACUGUGCAAAAAUUA